GAAGUGUCUCGUUUAUUUGUUAUUUUGUCACGUUGCGAUGGAUUUGUCUUUGCUUUCAUCGCCUUUUGUGCUACUAUUAAUUACUCUGGUGCUCAUCGUCGUUUUGAAAAUUGUUACUGUGCUGCAUCAUGUAUAUUUUUACUGGAAGGAUAAAGGCCUACCUUGCCUGUAUAAUUCGUUAUCGUCUAUUUUAACGGAUUGGAAAUUGUUUUCAAAUUUUACUUUGGUCGAGUACGGUCAAUAUAUAUACUAUAACUUCCCAGAUGCUAGAUAUAUUGGAACAGUGGAUUCUUCCACACCGAGUGUGUUUAUACGUGAUCCUGAGCUGAUCAAAGACAUCAUGGUGAAGGAUUUUGAGCAUUUUACAGAUCAUCGGAGUUUCAUUGAUGAAAACUCAGAUCCGUUGUUUGGCAAAAACACCUUCUUCUUGCGCGGAGAUCGUUGGAAAGAAAUGAGAACUACACUGAGCCCUUCUUUCACCGCUAGCAAAAUGAAGUUCAUGUUCGAUUUGGUAUCAAAGUGUUCUCAGGAUUUCAUCAACUUCUUGAUCGAUCAUCCGAAUUUCUGUCAUAUGAUCGACAUGAAGGAAGCUUUUCGACGAUACACUACUGAUGUAAUUGCUACGACAGCCUUUGGCAUAAGUGUGAAUUCUAUGAAAGAUCGAGACAAUGAGUUCUUUACAAAAGGAAUAGAGGCUACUCAAUUUUCUGUUGGACUGCUAGCAAAACUCAAGAUCAUAUUUUUACGUGAAUGUCCAAGGCUUAGUAAAUUAAUGGGACUGACUUUGUUUCCGUCAAAUAUGUCCAAGUUUUUCAAGAAUGUCGUAGAAGAAACUAUUAGAGUGCGAAAAGAGCAAAAUAUUGUUAGACCGGAUAUGAUCCAUUUGCUAGUUCAGGCUCGAGACAAGGAAAGUGCCAGCGUGCACAAAAUGACAUUAGACGAUAUCGUGUCACAAGCUUUUAGUUUUUUCUUCGCUGGUUUCGACACCACUUCGACCUUGAUGUGUUUUGUUGCUCAUGAACUUGCGGUUAAUCAAGAUAUUCAAGAUCGUCUACACAAGGAGGUACUACAGUGUCUUGCCGAAGGAAAUAAUGAAAUAUCUUACGAAUCAAUAUUGAAGAUGUCUUAUAUGGACAUGGUGAUUUCCGAGACUCUCAGAAAACAUCCACCGCUGAUCUUCCUCGAUAGACUUUGCACUAAAAAAUAUGAACUGCCUCCAUCGCAACCAGGUUGCAAGAGUGUGAUCCUCAAACCUAACAAUAUACUAAUAUUUCCUGUAUAUGCUUUACAUCAUGAUCCGAAGUACUUUCCGAAUCCCGAUAAGUUCGAUCCCGAAAGAUUCAGCGAGGAGAACAAAGACAACAUUUCACCAUAUACUUAUUUACCAUUCGGUCAUGGACCCAGAAAGUGUAUCGGCAAUCGAUUUGUUCUUAUGGAGGCUAAGAUUCUACUAGCUCAUCUUUUACAAAAGUUUACUUUAAAGCCUACAGAGAAAACCAUCGAACCAAUCGUAUACAGUAAAGAAUUUACAUUGCAACCUGUUGGCGGAUUCUGGAUUAAGUUAGAAAAGAGAGAAACUGCAUUUAUAUCGGUUGACAUAUCUCCUGCAAAUACUCAAUCAUCUACACAUCCGACGAAAUGUCUUGUUUAUUUGUUAUUUUGUCACGUUGCAAUGGAUUUGUCUUUGUUUUCAUCGCCUUUUGUGCUACUAUUAAUUACUGUAAUGCUCAUCGUCGUUUUAAAAAUUGUUACUGUGCUGCAUAAUGUAUAUAUUUACUGGAAGGAUAAAGGCCUACCUUACCUGUAUAAUUCGUUAUCGUCUAUUUUAACGGAUUGGAAAUUGUUUUCAAAUUUUACUUUAGUCGAGUAUAGUCAAUAUAUAUACUAUAACUUCCCAGAUGCUAAAUAUAUUGGAACAGUAGAUUUUUCCACACCUAGCGUGUUUAUACGUGAUCCUGAGCUGAUCAAAGACAUCAUGGUAAAGGAUUUUGAGCAUUUUACAGAUCAUCGGAAUUUCACUGACGAAAACGCAGAUCCGUUGUUUGGUAAAAGCACCUUCUUCUUGCGCGGAGAUCGUUGGAAAGAAAUGAGAACUACACUGAGCCCUUCUUUCACUGCUAAUAAAAUAAAGUUUAUGUUCGACUUGGUAUCGAAGUGUUCUCAGGAUUUCAUUAAUUACUUGAUCGAUCAUCCGAAUUUCUGUCAUAUGAUCGACAUGAAGGAAGCUUUUCGACGAUACACCACUGACGUAAUUGCUACGACAGCUGGCAUAAGUGUGAAUUCUAUGAAAGAUCGAGACAAUGAGUUCUUUACAAGAGGAAUAGAGGCUACUCAAUUUUCUGCUGGACUGCUAGCAAGACUCAAGAUCCUAUUUUUACGCGAGUGUCCAAGACUUAGUAAAUUAAUUGGACUGACUUUGUUUUCGUCGAAUAUGUCCAAUUUUUUUAAGAAUGUCGUAGAGGAAACUAUUAAAGCGCGAAAAGAGCAAAAUAUUGUUAGACCGGAUAUGAUCCAUUUGCUAAUGCAGAUUCGAGACAAGGAAAGUGCCAGUGUACACAAAAUGACAUUGGGCGAUAUCGUUUCACAAGCUUUUAGUUUUUUCUUCGCUGGUUUCGACACCACUUCGACCUUGAUGUGUUUUGUUGCUCAUGAACUUGCGGUUAAUCAAGAUAUUCAAGAUCGUCUACGCAAAGAGGUACAACAGUGUCUUGCCGAAGAAAAUAAUGAAAUAUCUUACGAAUCAAUAUUGAAGAUGUCUUAUAUGGACAUGGUGAUUUCCGAGACUCUCAGAAAACAUCCACCGCUGAUCUUCCUCAAUAGACUUUGCACUAAAAAAUAUGAACUACCUCCAUCGCAACCAGGCUGCAAGAGUGUGAUCCUCAAACCUAACAAUAUAAUAAUGUUUCCUGUUUAUGCUUUACAUCAUGAUCCAAAGUAUUUUCCGAAUCCUGAUAAUUUCGAUCCUGAAAGAUUCAGCGAGGAGAACAAAAACAUCAUUUCGCCAUAUACUUAUUUACCAUUCGGUCGUGGACCCAGAAAGUGUAUCGCCAAUCGAUUUGUUCUUAUGGAGGCUAAGGUUUUACUAGCUCAUCUUUUACAAACGUUUACUUUAAAGCCUACAGAAAAAACCAUCGAACCAAUCGUAUACAGUAAAGCAUUUACAUUGCAACCUACUGGUGGAUUCUGGAUUAACUUGGAGAAGAGAAAAACCUGAAAAUCUUACAGAAAA